CUGUUCUUUUCCUGUGUGUGUGACUCCAACUGUGUUUACAGGAAAGCCAUUUUGGAACAUGUUUCAUUUGCAGCCAGUCCGAGAUCGCAAGGGGGAGUUGCAGUACUUCAUUGGUGUGCAGCUGGAUGCAACAACUGCUGAACGUGAAGCUUCUGGGGUUGGGCGAUUGACAGAGCGAGAUGAGCAAAACGGCAAGCGGAUUGUCCAAUCAACAGCAGGUUCUGUCGAUGACGCUGUGAAAGAGCUUCCUGAUGCGUCGAAACCAGAAACUCUCUGGGAAAAGCAUUCUGCAGCCGUUUUGCCUAAGCCUCAUCACGCCAAUAGCGACAACUGGAAGGCCAUCAUAAAGGUGCGAGAAAAGUGUGGUCGUCUUACCCUGAAGAACUUCCGACCAAUCAGGCCGUUAGGAUCCGGCGAUACAGGAAGCGUACACCUAGUGGAACUGGUGGACACUGGAAAGCUGUUUGCAAUGAAGGCCAUGGACAAACAGAUGAUCCUGAAUCGAAACAAGCUUCAUCGUGUCUGCACGGAGAGAGACAUUUUGGGCGUCACAGAUCACCCCUUUCUACCAACGCUUUACGUAUCUUUCCAGACUCGGACACAUGUGUGUUUGGUAACCGACUAUUGCCCGGGAGGAGAACUAUAUGCGCUCUUGGAAAAGCAGCCAAUGAAGCGAAUCUACGAAACUGCAGCAAGGUGUGAUCUACAGGGAUCUGAAGCCAGAAAAUGUUCUUCUGCAAGAAAAUGGUCACAUUCUUUUGACUGACUUCGACCUGUCGUUUCAGGCAGCCACAAACCCAGUGUUGUUGAAGCCAACAAAAGAAAAAAGACCAUACUCCGCAAGAAACCCAAAUGGCGCACUUCCGGAGUUUGUGGCAGAGCCCGUAACAUCAUCGAACUCUUUCGUGGGAACCGAGGAGUACAUCGCACCCGUGAGUGCAACCUUCUCUCUCUUUAUCUCUAUAUCUGCCCAUCUUUCUCUGCUUUCAUUCCUGUUUGUUUAAUGAAUAUCACUUAGAUAG